GGGGUCGUCCAUGCUGGGCAACGGACGGGCCCAAGCUAAUUAAUGAUUGGCUCAGAGCUUCGAAAGGCCCGUUGACACAAGGAGGGAGCUCUGGCCCCCUGCCCCCCCGCAUUGCAGCGCCGCUUGCCAUCGGCUGCCUAUCGGUGCCGUCCGUCCUCAGUGACUGAGCUUGAGCAUGUGGCGCAACCGCCUUUCGCCGCUCAGCUCCCCCAGGAUUCCGAAACAAUCCCAAGGGAACUCCGCCGCUUGAGCUUACUCUAAACAGGGCCGCUGCGAGGGUACCCGACCGUUUCCAUCCUUCGAGCAUGAUCACCGACCGAUAGUGACGAUGUCGGUCCUUGUACGGCCCCGAGCGCCGACGUGCGCAGCUAUCCUCCGAACCGCCCGGCUCCGGCAUCCCGCUUACUCGACAUCGAGUAUCCUCCUCUCGGCCCCGCGCCGGUCGAAUUACUUCAAUUCCGGGUACAGCAGUAGCUAUGAUCCCAAUCAGGAAACGGGGCGCGGCCCUAUCUUCAACAAGCACACGUUUGGCGUCCCGCAGUUCUACCCGCGAGACCUGAAGAGGAGGGUAGACGACUACGUUGUAGGCCAGGAUCGGGCGAAGAAGACAAUAUGUUCCGUCAUUUUCAACCAUUACCAGGGUUUACGGCGACGCCAGAACCACGAUAUCCAAGACCAGCGUCUGCGGGAGAAGCUCCAAAGGCAGAAGUAUGCCCAGGACCAGGAGGCUUUUGAGCAAGCGGGGUACAACAGCACCCGCACGCAUCCAGUCGAAGAUGAAUAUCCGGGGCAUCAAGAAGCGGUUGGGGGCACGUACCGGAUCCCGGACGGUCUGUACGAAUCCCCGGUCGACGACUCCUACAUACCGGAGAACUUCCCCGCGCCAGAACAUGUCAAGAUCGACAAGAGCAACUUGCUUUUGAUCGGACCAACUGGCGUGGGGAAGACGUACAUACUCGAGACCCUAAGCAAGAAACUCAACGUGCCAUUCACGAUUAGUGACUGCAACUCGUUUACACAAGCAGGGUAUAUCGGACAAGACGUCGAGUCAUGCAUCGAACGACUGCUCAUCGAGGCUAACUACGACAUCAAAGCCGCCGAGCAUGGGAUUAUUGUGCUAGAUGAGUUCGACAAGAUUGCGAAACGUGAGACAGUCAACGGCAGAGAUGUAGGCGGCGAAGGCGUACAGCAAGCUCUAUUGAAGCUUGUGGAAGGCACCAAGGUCACAAUAAACGUCAAGGACCAGCGGCAGUCCCGGACGGCAAACAACCCGCCCGGCGGCUAUGGGCCGUCGAACCCGCAAUCGACUCCUCCAGCCGGCAAGGUUGACCAGUAUACCAUCGACACUACCAACAUUCUUUUUGUCUUCUGCGGUGCCUUUGUCGGGCUGGACAAGACGGUCCUCCGCAGAGUCGCUAAGCCAUCCAUCGGCUUCGGCUCCGAGGUCCGCGGACGCAGCGCCUCCAUGUCCACUAGCAAGGACAUCCUCCCCCCAGAGAUGUACGGCCACCUGCCCCACCAACCGGUGUUCACCAGCGAGACCUCUGGCACCGGAUUCACCCCGCUCGACCUCACCACGCCCGCCGACCUACAAACCUACGGCUUCAUCCCGGAGCUGAUCGGCCGACUCCACAACAUCUGCGCGCUCACCCCGCUCUCUCUGGACGAACUAUACCGCAUCCUGACGGAACCGCGCAACAGCCUGGUGGCGCAGUACACGGCGCUGUUCGAGACGUACCCGAGCACGCUCGCCUUCACGCGCCGGGCGCUGACGGCCAUCGCCGAGCGCGCCGCCAAGAACGAGACGGGCGCGCGAGGGCUCAAGAUGGAGAUGGAGCGCGUGCUCGCCGACCCCAUGUACGACGCCCCCACCCCCUACGUGCUCAUCACCGAGGGCUGCGUCCACGGGUCCGAGAAGGCCGGGUACUGGGGGAAGGACGGGCGGCUGGAGAUGGAGAGGCGUAUGCGUGAGGAGGAUGAGCGGGAUGCUGCUGCUGGUGGGGAGGACGAGGCUUCGUUUGAGCGGUUCCGGGAGGCGGGGUUGAGUGGUGCGUGAUUUCUAUGUGGUUUGAAUUUUCUCAUGGGAGGUGUUUGGGUAGGUAGGGCCACCGGUUUUAGUUUGGGGCUUGGCUUGGAGGUUUGGAAUGGAUCUGGCGCAUUGAUUUGGUUACCCCUGGGCUGUGUUCAGACUGGGCUUUUGGAAGGUGUGUAUACUUUAUUUGAGCAAGCAGCAGCAUAGCAUUUGGUCGGACAUAGCAAUGCACUGUUGGGUAUAGGUUACAGUCAUCAAUUAUUAACAAUUGGCCGUUG